ACCGUCAAUCCGCUACGCCACAGCAACGACCAACCGGAGCCGCCGCCGCCGCCGCCGACGGGGACGGGGACAGGGAAACCACCACCACCACCACCGGCCAUAUUAACAGCUGCGCGUGCACGGUGGAGUUCUACUUCCGCCCGCGAUUCGACUCGACUCGACUGCUCGUUCCGUCUCGACCUUCAGGCGGGUAAGCAGGUUGACCGUCCGCGAAUUCACCGUAUCCCGGGAUACGUAUGGGUUCCAAAGCGUCCUUCCGCGUCACGCUCCUCUUGCUGCUCCUCGCCGCCGCCUGGGGACCUGCUGCACAGGCCGACGACGCUGCUGAGCUCCCGGAUCAUAUUGCUAUUACCUUGAAGGAGCAGGUUUCUUCGACCAAGAUUCCUGUCCGUCUCAAGAGUGGCAGCCCGCUGUGCUCAGCCUGUGAAAACUUCACGGGCAAAGCUGUCAGUUAUAUCAGUGAGAAACAGACGCAAGAUAAGGUCAUGGGAUUCCUUCAUGACGCUUGCUCUCAGUCAUUCUCGUUUGAACAGAAGUGUGAUGAAUUGAUGGACUCUUACGCAACCCUCCUGUUUGCCAAGAUCACGGAGAUCAAACCAGAAGCGUUCUGCAAACAGUAUGGCCUGUGCAGGGGCACGGCUCUUUUCUCUGGUGUGACAAGUGACAGCACAUGUGUGUUCUGCCACCACCUGCUUGAUGAAGUUAUGUCCAAACUGAAAGAUCCGGACGCGGAGUUUGAGAUAAUUCAGAUUCUUAUCAAGGAGUGCAAUAAGAUUGAAGGCCACGUCCAGCAGUGCAAGCGACUGGUCCUGCAAUACAUUCCCCUCAUCCUGGUGAACGGCGAGAAGUUCCUCGAGAAGAACGAUGUUUGCGCGCUCGUACAGGCUUGUCCAGCCACCCAUAAGAAGACUUUCAGCUCAGUCUUGAAGGGAGCCUUGUUGCUGAGUGACGCUUGAAGGUUGGAGAAGAACACGCAAAGCGUUUAGCAGUGGUUGGAAAUAGUGUGUCCAAGUGCCGUGUUUGUACAUAUAAUUGUCAUAUGAAUGCAUGAAGACGUGUCUUGUGCCCUGCAUUGUUUUCAUCUUGUAUCAUAAUUCAUAAACACGUUGUAUUUAUGGACAUCCACAGGGGGUGAAGGUUAAAAUAUAUUUGUAUCAUAAUUCAUAU